AUGGCCGCAGUGGUUGCAGCUUGCCGUGAGGCGUUUCAUUUGGGUGCUUCUUCGACGCUCUUGAUUGUUCAGGAGGCAAAUGUGCGUGCGCGACGAUUCUACGAAAGGGUCGGGUUCAGCGACACAGGCAAAUCAAUGACAAGGGGCGGAAGGAGCUUUAUCCUCAUCGAAUACAAGAACAAUAAGGUAGCACCUGCUGUAGCCUUGGUGGAGGAGCAGGACGCUGAGUGUUUGACAGCUUGGUUGGGUGCAGAAGAUCUGGCGGUGCAGCAUGCAGUAGAUGGCGAGGACUUCGGACGGCCUAUUUCUCCUGCUUGCAUUCGUGGGUUCUGGUCAGGGUUUGCCCAAUGGUGCCAGACUGCGAGGUCUCGGGAGGCGCUUGUCCAUCGAGUCUUUGUUGCACGCGUAGACGGUGUUGCGUGUGGGCACAUUGAGAUUGGUGUUCUGCCCUUACUGUAUCACUUCGCAAGAAGGGAAAGUGACGAACGGAGCAAGGGCCUGACAGUGCCCGACGCACGCGCACACACACAAACCGCUGCAAGCGCCUUGGUGGAUGCGGACACAAGCACUGCAUAUUUUUCUUGGGACUCCUUCCAGAUCUUCAGACACAAGAAAUUUGCGAUUUACAACAUCUGCAGAGAGUCUCAAGCAACAGUUCGCUUUCACCUGUGA